GCUAAAGACCACACAGUGUUUCCCGAAACCUCGCGAUGACAAGUCGCUGGCUAUUUUUGUGCCUACUGCUCUAUGUGGGCGCACAGGAGGCGAUGUCUGCCAGCACCGUCAUGGAUAACUUGGGUGAUGGCUUGAAGAUGGCCGGACAAAUGUUUGGCAUCAACACGGCCGCCGAUGUGGCCAAUCUGGUGGCCAAGGCCUUCUCGGGCAACGCCUCCAGUGGCAAGCCCUCCGGUUUGUUGAGCAUACUACAGAACGGCUUCCAGCCACCAAAGUAUCAGCCGGAGGAUCAAUCGGAGCAGCAGUCAGAGCCAGAGAAUGCCCAGGAAGAGCAGGGUGACAACACGCGAAGGCCUCCUCUUAUGGCCAACUUCGAUAGCGGCCAACUGCUGACGAAUAUGCUGCGUAUGGUGGGCUUUGAUGCCCGAAAACUGGGAGCUCUGGCGCUCAAUGCUCUCAUCAUGAUUGCCCAGGCGAUUGGCAGCACUUUGAUGCAAGCAACAAGGGGUGGUGGUGGUGGAGGCGUCGGAAAUUUCGGUGCGGCCUUCGAGGGACCUGAAGCGCUGUACGAUCCCAACGAGCAUCAGCCGCGUUCUUUGUCAAUGGGUUCACCCAUUGAUUGGUUUCUCCAGCGACCUGGGGCGCACAGCAAACGAUUGCUGGGCCGCAUAAUGGACAAGGAACUGCCCGAGCACAUACUGGACAUGAUCGAGUCCAAGGAGGACCGAGAGAUGGGCCACGAGGCCGGCUGCCUGAAGAUGCUCAUGUGCAAGAGCAAGCCCAUUAUUUGGGGCAUGCAGAAUUCCCUAAAGAAGCGUCUGGCUGGGGAGCCCGAGCUGCCAGAGGAGCAGGAUAAUCACAGCUUUUUCAACAAGGGCAUAUUCUUCAAGUAUCUGCCCAGCCUGAAGGACUUCAAGGAGCACAGUGCCGACUGUGAGACGCGUUUCUAUGAGGAGUGCCCCAGGAAUGCGACAACGAAAGAGUAUUAAUAUUAGUUUUUUCAAUCGAAACCCAUACAGGUUGAACCCUAAUGGGUUCAUCAAUAAAUACGCUGACUAUU